GUGCGCGAUUUACAUAGAAACAAAAUGGAGUUGAUGACGCGCCUGAAACAGGCUUCAGACGAAGCAACUCCUGUAGAUAUUGCUAACAACUUAGAAACGUUACAGUUUGAAAGUGCUCUGUCUGCAGAGGAAGUCGAACUUCUCCAUCUGCGUAACAGGACACAUGCCAUCACCGUGUCUGCAUGUGCACAGGCCACAUAUUUCGCGAGUGUACUUCACGAAGCAAGACAAUUGAAAAAGCAGCUAAAAAGUCCACAAAAAAGAACUGCCAAGAUAUUACAGGAUCGUGAACCUCGUGACCCACUAAAGGUCGGAAUCAUUGGGUGUGGUCGUCUAGGGAGUCAACUUGCUCACUGCCUACUUACUUAUGGUGAUAUGAACCCUAAAGACUUAAAGAUAUCUACAAGGCGACCAGAAACCCUAGAAUAUUUAAGGAACAAGGGAGUGGACUGCAGCCAUGACAACAUCAAGUUGGCAUCAACUUCCCAUCUGAUAUUUUUAUGUGUGCUUCCAUCACAUGUACAGACAGUCGCUGAGGAAAUCUGUGAUCAUUUACCGCGGGCGUCUGUUGUAUUCUCCUUUGUCAGUACAUACACACCAAAGAGACUAAAACAGCUUCUGGGCACCAGUAAUGUGAUAAAGCCAGAGUAUAGCUGGUCGGACGAAAGUGAGAGGAAUUCAUGGAAUUGUAAUAUCAAUGUCAAUUCAGCCCUGGAGGAUCCAGAGAUCGUAGAAAAGACAUGUCCAAUCGGAUACAGAAAGUCAGAAUGUGUUGUAAUGACUGCAGAGAAACUAGCAGAGAUAAUGAUUUUUGCCUUUAUCAACAUGGUGACCACUCUACGUGUAAAUAAACAGGAUGCACUCAGUAUACUCCACAUUGUCCUGUUUGAGGACACACCGGAGGACCAGUUACGAGAGGAGGAUUUUAUAAGGAACUCACAAGACCAGACAGGAAUGUUUCCAAGGUUCCAGUUAACCCAGCUGACAGAGGUUACAACAUCUGUGCUCAAAAGAAUUACAACAUGUCCACCGCUCAGAGCAGCAUUUGUGAAAAAAUACCUUGGACUUUUUGACAAUUAUGUGCAACAGAAAGCUUAUGAGAUGAUGAAUGGAAAUAUUUGAUAGCUAUUUUGAGACACUGCAGCAUUAUUAUAAGUGAUACACUGAUGUCCUAUGUUGUUAUGAUAUCCAUAUCUGUGAUUAAAUGUUAUAUUUCUAUUUAAA